AUGAGCUCCUCCCUCGAGGCUAAAAUCGUCGUCUUAGGCGCACAAGGAGUCGGGAAAACCUCCCUCGUCCACCGCUACGUCCGCAACGCCUUCAACCCAGGCACAAUAACCUCAACCGUCGGCGCCUCGUUCGUAACAAAACGCGUCCUUGACACAACAUCCGACACCACAGUCCGUCUCCAAAUCUGGGACACAGCAGGCCAGGAACGAUUCCGCAGUAUCUCGCGACUUUAUUACCGUGGCGCACACGCGUGCCUCCUCUGCUAUGACAUCACCGAUGAAAACUCCUUUGAGGAAAUGGCCGGCUGGCUCCGCGAGUUGAGAAAGAAUCUCGGAUCAGAAAGCGACGACGAUACCCCGCCGCUGGUGAUUCAUGUUGUUGGAACGAAGUCGGAUAUCGUUGCGGUGGAGCCUUCCAAAAGGCGUGUCCCGUUCGAGCGAACGAUCGCAUACGUGGCUGAGCAACUGUAUCCGUCGCACGCGUCGACACCACCACCAACAGCUGGGGGGUUAGGGAUGGGACUCGGAUUCGGUGGUGGGGUGUUUGGCUCGAAUGCGAAUACGGCUGGAAGUGUGGGGAGUGCAGCGGGGAUGUCGACUGGUGCCUUGCAGAGUCCGGAUAGUAAGCGCAGCUCGGCAUUUUGGGGGCAGGAGAUUGGGUGGGACUGUUGUCAUGAGAUCUCGGCGAAGGAUGGGGAGGGGAUUGAGGAGGUUUUUCGUGUUAUUACGCGGAAGUUGGUGGAGCAGCGGAAUAAGCGUGAUGCUGAUGCUUUGAGUGCGAUGUCCGGUCUUGGACUUCCUAGUCCUUUUACGCCGAGUGUGGAUGGGACGGGCAGUUUUCGGCUUGGAUAUGGGGAUAAACGGAGGAGUUGGUUGGGGCUUCCUACGCCUACUCCUGGGGAGGCGGAGGAAGUGCAGGUUAUGGAGGAGGCGAGACGACGGGGCCGGUGCUGCUGA